AUGAAAAUAUUAAGUUGGAACUGUCGGGGAUUGAGCAACCCGCGUGCUGUUCCGAACUUGAAGAAGUUAGCUCAACAACACCGACCUGAUAUUAUAUUUCUCUCUGAAACUUUGGCGAAUAAGCGUAAGAUGGAAAAUAUUCGGGUUACACUUAAGUUUGAAGCAUGCUUAUCUAUCGACGUAGAAGGUAGAAGUGGCGGUCUAGCGGUGUUAUGGAGAAAUUCUGAAGUAUGCAGUGUUCUAAAUUUCACUCGAAAUUUUGUUAAUUUGAUGGUUAAAGAGGAUAAUAAAGAGGAGUGGCGUUUGUCUUGUUACUACGGUUUUCCUGAACGUAGUAGACGUAAACUGGCAUGGGAUAUGAUAAGGGACUUACGGCAAAUGUCGAGUACGCCGUGGUGUAUCAUUGGAGAUUUUAAUGACCUGUUGUCUCAAGAUGAUAAACGAGGUAUUCACCCGCAUCCUAACUGGCUUUGUUUAGGCUUUCGGAAAGCUAUUAGUGACUGUGAUUUGGUGGACAUCCCCCUAGAAGGCUAUCAAUUUACUUGGGUUAAGAGUAGAGGCUCUGAACAAAUGGUAGAAGAAAGGCUCGAUCGAGCAUUUGCGUCACCGGAUUGGCUGAACCUUUUCCCUACUGUAUCUCUUACAACUCUUAUAGCAUCUCAUUCGGACCAUAGUUCGAUUCUGCUAUCCUGCGAAAUGAAUCAGCACGUUUGUAAUAAAUUCAGAUUCCGGUUCGAAAAUAGUUGGCUGCGAGAUAUCGAUAUUAAGUCGGUGGUCGAAUCAGGUUGGAAGGUUGGGGAAACUAGUGCAAUUGAAGACCGUAUUGUAUCUUGUGCGGAUAAUCUUGAGGCGUGGAGUAAGAGGCGGCGUAUUAACAGUAAGUAG